AUGUACAUCCCAGACACCGAAAUAAGUGUCGAAGGAGAGGAGGAACUAGAGGACAUUGCAUCGCUCUACGAGUGGGUCGGAAUGGCGUGCAUGGGCGCACAGCGUUUGCAGGCUAAUGAUAGGGUGGAUCCAUACAUUGCCGUGUACAGUCCACCCGUGCCCUCGCACAUCGGGGACCUAACGCAUGUCAGAUGGACUGGUUUGUUGCCUCCAGACUUCGUCCAGCAAUUGAUCAGCUCCGUGAUAACGAAUUCUUCACAUGACGAGUCUCAUUUCAUCAGUGCCAUCACGGCGCAAGGAGUCCCCACCGUGCCAGUAAACUACAUCCCUCGAACCGACCACGAGCGUACACGACUGCGCGCGCCCAGGGAGGACUCGGUGGAUACCUGGAGCUUGCUGCUGCAGCGUCGGGACAACAGGUGCCACUGGGUGCUAGCCGAAAACAUUGGCAAGUGGGAUGGACGCUUCGGCUGA